GUAACUAGUGGAAGAGUGGAAUAGAGAAAACAUGAAAAUAAAGAAUAAAGAGAAAUAAGAUAAAGAAUUAAAAGAAAGGAUGCCUGUAAUUAAGCUGAAGCAUAUCGUUUCAUUUUCGAGUGAAGACCCGGUAAGUAGCAUGAGUCAUGAGUGAUCAUGAGUCAUGUUUAAUGGCAAUUUGGUCAUUGGUGGCCAGUGGCCACUGUUUUAUAUAGUCUUCUGUCUGUUUUGCUGUUUAUGCAUGAGUCAAUUCCUGGACUAACCAUCCCCCCCCCCCGGGACACCCCCGGGAAUUUGCCCGAUAGACGGUUCACGGGGGUCGGGAAUUUGCCUUUCAUAUAUGUGCACGGGGGCCGGGUAUUGGAGGACCCCGGGGAUUUGACAAAUGGUUGACCAAAAUCCCACCCACAAAUUUUAAGGCAGCAAAACCUAGUUUUGCUGCCUUUUUUGUAAAAUCGUCCCCGGGGUGGGGCAUUUUCCACUCUCAGCUUGCCCAGGGGCCGUGCAUUAGUCUUCAAGUUGUGUCCCGGCACCCGGGCAUUUGCACUAUCAUAACCAAUCUAAUCAAAUGUCCGGGUGUGUUCCCGGGGGGGGGGGGGAUGGUUACUCCUGGAAUUGACUCAUGCAUUAUAUCUAACUUUAUUUUAAAUAAUGCCCAAUAUGUCUUUAUAUCUACAGUCUGUUGGAUUGCCUCAUGAUAAUUUUUCGUUGAUUAAGUAUGCUGAAAACUGUUACAUGUGUAUAGAAUUUACAGUAUCAAUAGCAAUAAAACAAAAUAUGUUACAUACUGUGACACACACUUUGCCAGACUGGAAUCUUUGUAGUAUGCGGGGAAGAUCUUCUCAGUGCCAUUUUUUGUAAGAUCAACUGCAUCCGUGCAAAAACUAUAAAACUGUGCGCCAUGUACAUAGGAUGAACUGACAACCUUGAAAGGCCGUCUAAUAGUGCAAAUAUUGGAUCUUCUUUAAUUAAAAUAUAUCCGUGCUCAAAAAUAUUGUUGAUUUUUCUUCUCUGCACCAUUUGUUAUAUUCCAGUCUGGACACUUUGCAUGUUACAUUAUUUUACAUACAGUACUGCCAGAGUGUUAGCCAGGCAGCCGUCCGACCGUCCUAUGGACGGCCACUUCUGAAUUUGGAUGGCUAAAUUUUAAUGGACGGCCAUGGACGGCCUAAGGGAAUAUUUUCUUUAAAUAGCAACCUACAAGGUUUCUCGCCAUAUUUUUGUAAAACGUGCCAUGUUGUUGUAACCAUUUUGAUGAUUCUCGCAUGAAAUAUCAAGGAGAAUAACGUGAAACCGUUGUUUUAAAAAACAGCAAUCGCUUUAUCGCUCGAGCGCCACGUUACAGUUACAGUAGUGAUCAUACCAUACGUGUGCUUUUACUAAUUUAAUGACGGAAGCAUCUAAAACUAAAAGUAGAAAGGUUCAACGAAUAAAACACCACAAUUCCUCAACAACAGAAAAUUGCGGCCACACCCAAAAACAUGUGACCACACCCACAAAAAUAUGUUGCCACACCCACAAAAUUAUUUUGGACAGCCACUUUUGAAAUCCUGGCUAACACCCUGAGUACUGCUCAGAACUGUGUUCUCGUUCCGAACACAUUUGGAACACGGUUGGAACACGUUCCAGAGUAAACUUGGAAACGAGUUCCCCACUUUGGUUAAAAACCGUGUUCUCGCAUCGGAAAAUUCCGACACCGAAUGAAACCUGAGUUACUAUAGGGUUUGACAGUUGACAACUGUGGACAAUUAUUUUAAGUUUCAUCCCGGGCUGAAAUUCCAGCCCGGUUUGGCCCAGACUGAAACUCGACACAGUCCUGGCAGCAUGUAAUCGCAAAUAAUUUGAAAAAUCAUUUUAAUGGCUUUGUUUUGUGUGUUUGUUUCAACUGUAUAUGUAACCACAAUCUCACACAAGUCAAAUAGCCAAAAAUGCUUCAAAUCAUAUCAUUUCAACCUGAGCUAGAAAGGUCUGUGCUGUGCACAGGCUACAUAUUUUCAGCUGGCGGUUUAACAACAUAGGCUGAAAAUAGCUCUCAUGAUUAUAUAAAACUCAGCCGGCUCAAACUGCCCAUGCAUUUAUUCCUGCUCAUAUGGCCACAUCUACAGUAAAUCGCGAUCAACCGGGCUGAAACUAGCAUAUCUUGUAGCAUACUUACUACUAACUACAUUUUUAUUUUAAAUUGUUGGCUUGUAAUUAAGGCAUUUAAUACCAUGGACUGGUCACCUUCCACUGCCCCACCACUGAUGAAAAAAAAAGGCCUAUUGCCCCAAAGCCAGGGCCGUAGGAACUGUAUUGAGUAAAUGAGUUUAACAUUGAAAAGAAGUUUAAAAAACAAAAUUUGUUGGUGAGCAUAUUUAAACUUAUGUUGUGUUUCAAUGUUUAGCGUGCAAUUUAUUACAAAUCUCACCAUUAACUUAAAACUUUGUUUUGAGAAGCUGAGAUUUUUUUAAAUAUGUUCUCGAUCAGAAUGCAGGAAAUGCUAUUUCAGAGACCCAAAUUUUAAAAAUUUCCUGGGGGGGCAUACCCCAGACCCCCCUAGCUAACUCGUGCCUGCGGUACUCGGCUCCCACCUUUGGCAAUCACAUACUAUCCUGAGGGGGAAUGGGCCCUUGGGCAGUUUUGUCCCACCAUUGAAGAAUCCUUAAAAAUGCACUGUUGGUUUGUGAAUUGCUUUUUUUAAGUCAUUACACAUGAUUAUAAGUAUUAACAAUUAGUCAACAAUGACAACACACUAGUGUCUGUGAUAUUUGGACCUCCUUUCCUAAACAAAUUUAAUAUGUCAAUUUGCUGACAUCCCGGGUUGAUUCUAUAUAUUAAGUGCAUGCUUGCAAUAUGCAUUUACUAACAAUCGUGUCAACUUAUGAUGAUGUUUUCCUUACUGUGGCACCGAACCAUAUAAAAAUUAUACUACAGAUUAAACAUGCAUAUCACUGCCCAAUAGGUAAUAAACAAUUGCUCACCUACAUUUGCAUGUUACAUUUAUAUACUGCUUCAUUGUAGUACAUAUACCUAUACACACAUGCCUACAUGGUGUUAGUGUUACAAACUGUUACAUAUUGUUACAUAAUAUUAUAUAUUGUUACAUUAAGUAAGUCCUGGAAAAUACAGUAUUAACUUGUAAUCCAGACUACAUAGAUGGUCAACAUACUGUAGCACCCAUUUGGUCCCAUUCAACACAGUAUGUGUUUUCAGUAGGGUCCUGCUAAAUUAUAGAAAACUUACAAGGAUGAUUAAAUAUAUUAGUAGUACAAUAUAGAAACUAGACUAAGAAAUAACCUAUUUCAGUAGAAUUUUAAAGGUUUGUAGGUCUUUUGCUUGACGAGUCAAGGUUUUGGGUUUUCUUUGACCUAGUGUUAUAAGCAUGCAUAUCAUGGUGAUAUGUGAUUUCAAAGUUGAAAGAAAAAAGAUUAUUCUUACAUUUAUAAGUAAAUACAGUAACAAACGAUUAAUAAUCCUCCUAGUUUUUAAGUCUUUCCAAUUCAAUUUCUUCAAAGCAGAACUGGCGGACGAUCUAUAAUCCAGGUCCAGGAUUAUACGUGCUGCUUUAUUCUGUAGGAUUUGUAGAUCUGUCAUUAGGGUUUCAUUCCCCCGAUCUCCCCAUCAUAGUCAAGAUUUGGCAGAACAUAGGAAUUGUAAAAUAAUAUUCUAUUUAUUUAUUUAUUUAUUUAUUUAUUUAUUUAUUAACUUUACAACCAUACAUAAAAUAGACUAAAUCACUACAUAAUAUGGUUGAAGGUAUGGUCAACAGGACAUGAAUAGCCCCAUGUGAAGACCAACCGUAAUGAAAACAAACUAUAACAAACAUAAAUCAAAGACGAUAACAAAUAUAUAAUUUACAGAAAACAUGACGAAUUACGAACAACAGCUUAAGUUGAAAGAGCGGCACUUAGAACAGAAGGUUUUCCAAGUGCGCAUUCUGUUUACAUCGAAAGAUAAAUGAAGUAGAGAAGAGUAAUGAACAGUUAGUCUGUUUUUAAAGGAGGAAACGGAUGAACUAUUACGAAUUGUGGGAGAGAGAUUAUUCCAGAGAAAGACAAUUCGGUUGAAAAAAGAGUUUCUAAAGAGAGAAGUCCUGCAAUGAUUGACACGAAGCAAGUUGUCUGAACUUGAACGGGUGUGAGACGAGCUGUCUGAAGAAAAAGUGACGAAAGAGGAGAUAUCUAGGUCGAAGAGACCGUGCUUACAUUUAAAAAAGAAGACGAGAUCCUUUAGUUCCAUCCAGUAGGAUAUUGGUAAUAGAUUAAGCUUUUUAAGGCGUUCAGGAUAUGGCAACUCAUAAUCCUGAAGGAUAAAUUUACUAGCUCGUCUUUGAACACCCUCGAUGAUCGCAAGAUCACGUGACGAUCCUUGAGGUGCCCAAAUCUCACUAACGUAUGACAGAUGAGAUCGGACGAGAGCAAGAUAAAGAAGCCUACGGCAGCGAAUAUCAGACAUUUGCGUACAAUUCUUACGAAGAAAACCAAGCAUACGAUUGGCUUUUGCAGUGCAGCUGGCGAUGUGAGGAGACCACUUUAGGUCAUUGCUGAUAACAACACCCAAGUCUACUUGGUUAGCUAUGCUCUUAACUGGAUCGUUGUUAAGAAAGUAGCAAUGAGUUGGAGGAUUACGUUUGCGAGAUAUCCUAAGUAGGAGCGUCUUCGAGACAUUAAAUUUCAUUUUCCAGUUAAGUGACCAGUUGGACAUAGCGUCCAGGUCGAGCUGAAGCAGACCACGAUCAACUGGUGAUCGUAUAGCACGAUAACACUUGCUCUUAUUCUACUAUGUAACGGUAAAUAGUUUUUAAUACGUUUAAGCAGUCCCAACUUGCUUAAACGCAUUAAAAACUAUUUACCGUUACAUAUUUACCGUCAAGAGUUAAACUUGUUUCUCACACACUGCUGGGAGCUGCUGCAGCAAGCUAUGGUGAGCAACAACAAAAAUUUGAUCAUCUAACCUGCAUCACCCGAUAACACUCAAUCUCUAUCGGGCCCCCAGCAGUGUGUAAGAAAACAUUUUCCGCUUCUUUCAUAACUCAGCCAUGCAUGCAAGGAAACCUAUUUAUUUCUAACCUGAUAAAGUUUCAAGAGAUGGUUUAUUCGGAAUCGGUUAUAUACUGUAAUGUUUGUGGCUGAAACAUGGCUCAACAGCAAUUUUACCAGUAAAGAAAUUUUACCUACAGAUAAUGGAUACAAUAUAAUACAGAUCAGACCGUGGAUCGCUGAGAUGAACUGGAGGAGGAGUAUUGAUAGCUACAGUAUUAAACAUGGUAUUUUCAUCAGCUGUAGUCAAAUUACUUCCAUUGCUACUACGAACAUUAAAUCAUUAAAUCAAGAGGUAUUACGUUAAGCAAUUAUAUAAUUGUAAAUCAUGCAAUUUGCAACAAUUUUUGACAAAAAUAGCAUGAUUUAGGCAUGAAGAUUGCUAGUGCGCAAACCACAGCCCUUCCUUGGAAGAAAAUUCAAGUGGGAGGGGCAAUUCGUCUUAGGGGCAUUUCUGCUAUUUAAAUUAAUAGAAAAAGGUACUUCCCAUUGAGAAACGAACGAUACCGCUCUACAAAACCACUCUACGAAUGCCAGUAGGAAGAUUAUUCUAUAGAGAAGAGCCAAAUUUAAAAUAUCAACAUAUUCCCAGUUUUAUUUACUUUUACUAUACAGUUACUCGUACCAUGUUGCUGCACGUUGCCAAAAUGUUGAAAUAAUUUAAGGGUGGAUACAGACUCGUCCACCUGGUGGAUAAAAAUUUUCCAGCGGGAGGAUGUUCCUGCACCGCCACAGCUACCUUUAUAAUCAUGAUAAUUUUUGUAACAACUGGUUGAUAAUAACUAUCUCUGUUGUCACAAUAUAGAGUGCUAUAAUCACACGAACAGACAACUUACUUGCAAAAACGACACCUGACGCCUUAUAUUGGCUUUACUGUUUAUUUCACUCCAACCCCAUUGGCCUCCCUUCGAUGUUGUUCGUGGCAAUGCAAUGCAACCCUUAAUCUGGUUGUGGUUUCUUGCAGCUAGACAGGCAGAUAGCAAAAUCCCUAGGCGUGGUCACUAGAGGUUUGCAAAUCCGAUCCGAUCGGAUUCGUUCGGAUUUCGGAACCAAAAUAUUCAUUUCGGAUCGGAUUGAUAAAGUUGUUUCGUAGUCGGAUCGGAUCGGACUUCGAUAUCCGAAAUAAAAUGAAUUAAUUAUCCACGCAUUAUCGCAAGAAUUAAUUAUCCAUGCAUUAUCGCAAGAAUUAAUUAUCCAUGCAUUUAUCAAAGCAUUAUCGCUGCAUGUUGUCGCUGCAUUAAUUAUUCGUUUGAUACUUCAAUUGGACGUCACUUUGUCAGCUUCUUGACAUGUAUUUCUUGCUUUCAUAUUUAUUUGGUUAAAUAUUUCAACUUGAAUGAGAAAUUUAUUUUUUUAAAGAAUUCGGCAUCGGAUCGGAUUGGAAUUCUUUAUCAAAACUCGGAUUCGGAUUAGACAGUUUCGGAUCGGAUUUUAAACAUUAGGCAAUUGUCGGAUUAUAAACGUCCAGUCCGAUCUGAUGCACACCUCUAGUGGUCUCCCAAGAGGCUUGCAGAACGAAGGGCAAGCAUGCUGCAUGUAUUCCAAUGCAUGUUUGAUACAACAUGUUGAGAAAUCCUAAUUAUUUCUUCGCAUAUUUUAGGCUCAUCCUGCUGAUAAUUUAUUGAAAUCGGAGACAUAUCGUAAGUGGCAAUGUGCUGAUCCAUCUGAAAAACAGGCAUCUGUAAUUAUUGAGGUAAUAUAUUUGUUUCCAUGACUUGUCAUUCAUAACUUGGUCAAUAAAACGAAAUAUUAUAAAGAUAGGAAUACCAUCUCAAUAAUUUCUUGGCUUUUCAUUGGCUAAAAACAUUUACACGACGAAAAUAUUUGGAAGUCGUCCUACGGCUAUAGAAUGUUUCCCUUUGAGUCAUGAUACUGUGUGUUUUCUUUUUUGUUUUUUUUUUUGUUAAAAAUAAUUUUCUUGGGUUUAAUUAUUUCGCGUUUAAUUAAUUUUGAUACUUUUCUCGACUCUUUUUAGUUAGAAAAGGCAUCUAAGAUAAAUGCAGUAGAUAUUGGUAAGUGGAAGAAUACGUAGUGUGAAGUGGUGCUCCGCGAUUGCUCCACAUACGUGUGUACAUUUAACACCCUUGGAAAAUUCAUGAGUAAUUAAUCACCUUUGAAUCCAAUUCAAAUAAUGAGG